AUGUCCAAAGAGAAGCGAUCCAAGGUCGAUAAAAGACAGCUUUCAGAGAGCGAGUCGGAGGAUUUAAGUGUUGAAGAACUCGAGAGACGUCUUGCUGCCGAAGCAGAAUCCACAUGGGAGUCGUCCGAAUCGGAAGUAGAGGCCCCAAAACCUGCUCUGGCGGUUGGUGAAGAAAUCACCGUCACCGACAAGGCAACCAAGCCGUUCUCGACGCUCAAAUUGAGCGAGAAUACAACGAAGGCUAUUGAAGCUAUGGGUUUCAAGGAAAUGACUGCAGUCCAGGCCCACACUGUUCCUCCUUUGUUGGCAGGAAGAGACGUUCUGGGAGCGGCCAAGACCGGGUCCGGCAAAACGCUGGCGUUUCUGAUCCCGGCUAUUGAGCUUUUGUAUUCCCUCAAAUUCAAGCCCCGCAAUGGUACCGGUGUUAUUGUUGUGUCCCCGACCCGUGAGUUGGCCUUGCAAAUCUUUGGUGUGGCCAAGGAGCUGUUGCAGUUCCACACCCAAACAGUCGGCAUUGUUAUUGGAGGUGCAAAUCGUCGCCAGGAGGCCGAGAAGCUGGUCAAAGGUGUCAACCUGCUUAUUGCGACCCCCGGCCGUUUGCUGGAUCAUUUGCAAAACACCCAGGGCUUUGUCUUCAAGAACUUGAAGGCCUUGGUUAUUGACGAGGCAGAUCGGAUUCUGGAAAUCGGAUUUGAGGAGGAAAUGAAACAAAUUAUUAGGAUCUUGCCUAGCGAGGGCCGCCAGUCCAUGCUUUUCAGUGCAACUCAAACCACCAAGGUCGAGGACUUGGCAAGAAUCUCGCUGCGCAAGGGACCGCUCUAUAUCAACGUUGAUCAGGAAAAAGAUACCUCAACUGCCGAUGGUCUGGAGCAGGGAUACGUUGUUUGCGACAGCGACAAGCGCUUCUUGUUGCUUUUCUCGUUCCUAAAGCGCAACCGUAAUAAGAAAGUCAUUGUCUUUUUGAGUUCUUGUAACAGCGUCAAGUACUAUGGCGAGCUUUUGAACUAUAUUGAUAUGCCUGUGCUUGACCUCCAUGGUAAGCAGAAACAGCAGAAGCGCACAAAUACCUUCUUUGAAUUCUGCAAUGCUAAACAGGGUACUCUUAUUUGCACAGAUGUCGCUGCCCGUGGUCUUGACAUCCCUGCCGUCGACUGGAUCAUCCAGUUCGAUCCUCCUGAUGAUCCUCGCGACUACAUCCACCGCGUAGGUCGUACUGCUCGUGGAUCCAACGGCAAGGGCCGCAGUCUCAUGUUUUUGACCCCCAGUGAGCUUGGCUUUUUGCGUUAUCUCAAAGCGGCCAAGGUCCCCCUUAAUGAGUAUGAAUUCCCCUCUAGUAAGAUUGCAAAUGUUCAGUCUCAGCUUGAAAAGCUCGUGUCAUCAAACUACUGGCUCAACCAGAGUGCUCGCGACGGCUACCGGGCGUACCUUCAGGCCUAUGCCAGCCACCACCUCAAGACAGUCUACCAGAUUGACAAGCUUGAUUUGGUCAAAGUUGCAAAGUCGUUCGGAUUUGCUGUACCUCCCAAAGUCAAUAUUACAAUCGGUGCAAGCGGUAAAGAUAGGAAAAAGCCGACCAAGCGGCCACGAAAGCAUUAG